GAGAAAGCAUUUGCACCGGAAACGGCGGCAAAAUAUAUGUAUCAAUUAACGUCAGCUUUAGCGUACUGCCAUCAAAAGAAGGUGAUACACAGGGAUAUGAAGCCUGAGAAUGUGUUAAUCAGUGCAAACGGGGACUUGAAAAUAGCUGAUUUUGGAUGGUCGGUACACGAACCCUCAUCAAAAAGAAGUACAGUUUGCGGUACGCCAGAUUAUUUACCUCCAGAAAUGAUCUCAGAUAGGGAGCAUGACAGCAAAGUGGAUAACUGGUCGCUCGGCGUUAUGCUGUAUGAAUUUCUUGUUGGCAAACCUACUUUUGAAGCUGAGGUAAGUUACUGA